UAGCUGUUGUGGUUUCCCAGGCUUGCUGGUUGACUCUGCACUCAAACCAUAUAAUACACAGUUUAAACAGGCACACAAUAGAACAGCCUGGUUCCCACGACAACUAUGACAGGACCCCUGCUCUGUUUUUAUUGCCUAUGUGUGUCUGUGUGUCAGCAGCAUGUUGUAAUGAGACUGAACAACCUUAAGUCUGUGUUCAUUCAGUGUGAAGAAGCGGUACAUUCUCAUUCAGAGGUGGUAGUUCCUACUCGGGUUGGACAGGUGUAUGUGUAUGACACAGUGAAACCAGACCAGGACGAGUACGACGUCCCACCCAGACAUCAGCCUCCGACCCAGCAGGACAUCUACGACGUGCCACCCACCCGCCAGCAGUACAACACACAG